GGAGAGAGCGGAUCGCGGCGCGCACGCUGGCUGCAGAGUCCGCGACGGCGACGGCGACGAGUGCCAUGCGGCGCGCGGCCGGCGCCGCCACCGGCACUGCCACCGGCUCCCCGCCGCUGCUGCUGCCCCUCCUGCUGCUGCUGGCGCUGCUCGCCGGCGCCUCGUCCGCGCCCCGCAGCCACCUCUACGUCGACGACAGAGUGCAAAACUACCUGAUGCGCUACGGCUACCUGCCUCAGUCGGACAAGGAGACGGGCAACCUGCGCACCGAGGAGCAGCUCCGAGACGCGCUGCGCGAACUGCAGAGGUACGGCCACAUUCCGGUGACGGGCGAGCUGGACGAGGAGACGCGCCGGCUGCUGCAGAGGCCGCGCUGCGCCGUGGCCGACGUGCCGUACCGGGAGCAGACGCUGCGCUGGGGCCGCCGCAAGCACCGCCACAAGCGCUACUCUCUGCAGGGCAACGUCUGGCCCACCACCAACCUCACCUGGAGUUUGCGGACUAUGGAGCCGCGAGACCUGGACCCCGGCAUGGUGCGCUACCAGCUGGACAGGGCGCUCCGCAUCUGGUCCGACAACUCGCGGCUCACCUUCCGGGAGGUCAACAGCGACCGCGCCGACAUCCUCGUCUACUUCCACCGGUUGUACCACGGGGACGGUUUCCCUUUCGACGGGCGAGGCCAGAUCCUCGCUCACGCCUUCUUCCCGGGAGAAGGGAGAGGAGGAGACGCUCAUUUCGACGAGGAUGAGAUCUGGCUUCUCGGCGAAGAAGACGCUUCGGGACAAGGGACGAGCCUGUUCGCGGUGGCUGCCCACGAGUUCGGCCACUCGCUGGGGCUGCAGCACUCGUCGGUGAAGGGCGCGCUGAUGUACCCCUGGUACCAGGGGCUGUCGCCCAACUACAAGCUGCCCGACGACGACCGUGUCGCCAUCCAGCAGCUCUACGGUGCAAAAGAGCGGCUGUGGGCCAAGAUACCAACAUAUCCGUAUGACCGUGAUCGGGAUCGUGGGGCAUGGCCUACCCCACACCCCACAGCGCCACCAACACAGCCGCCGCCGCCCCCACCGCCCCCACCACCUCCAACACAGCCACCCACACCGCCCCCGACGCCACCCACGCGUCCAACGCGGCCUCCUUGGAGACCGCCGAAGCCGCCCAAGCACGACAAGCCGCGUCAUCGCCAACCACCCCCUCCGCCGCCUACGUACCGCCCCCGGACGCGGCCACCACCCCCCACACUCCCACCGCCGCGGCCAUCGCCUGCCGAGCCGCGAACGGAAAGGCCCCAAGAAGUCAAGCCAGAUACAUGCAACACCAACUAUGAUGCCAUCUCUGUCAUUCGCAGGGAGGUGUUCAUCUUCAAGGACAAGUAUUUCUGGAGAAUUGGUGACAGAGGACUUGAGGAAGGCUAUCCAGCAGAAAUUCAGAGAUUUUGGUACAGCCUGCCAAGGAACUUCACCCAUGUGGAUGCUGUAUAUGAGAGGCUUGACAAGAAAAUUGUUUUCUUCAUUGGAAGGCAGUACUUUGUAUAUGAUGCAAACACACUAAUGCAUGGCUACCCAAGGCCUUUAACAGAUCUUGGUCUGCCAGAAACUUUGGACAGGGUGGAUGCUGCAAUGGUUUGGGGACACAAUAAGAAAACUUACUUUUACAGUGGCACCAUGUAUUGGAGAUUUGAUGAAGAUGUUGGCAAGGUGGAACUUGACUACCCAAGGGACAUGUCAAUGUGGCGUGGUGUUGGCUACAAUGUGGAUGCUGUUUUCCAGUGGAAAGAUGGAAAGACAUACUUCUUUAAAGGAAAAGGUUUCUGGAAGUUCAACGACCAAUAUAUGCGUGUGGAGAGUGAGAAGCCAAUGCAGUCAUCAGUAUUCUGGAUGGGCUGCCCACCAGGCAUUGAGGGUGAAGUUACAGCCUCAGAUGGAGAGACAAAUGAAAUAGAUGAGACGAACCAUCAUGCAGAAGCAGAAGUUGGUUCUGAAGCAACAAGCUUUUUUAAUGGCUCUAUUACAGUUCUUUUAACAAUAGCCCUACUAUGUUUUCAAGUAUUGUGAGACUCAUCUUGUCAGGGUAAACUUUUCUAUGUGCAAAAUAGCCUCACUCCUACACUUCAGGUAACAGUGAUGUCUCCAAAAGUAUAAAUUUAAAACUUUGUAAGGACAUGCAGUGAUUUGUUUUUCAUUUUGGGAAACUUCAGAACCACUUUUUUUUUUUUUAAGUAGAGUAUCCACAUCACAAUUAAUUACUCUGAAUUGUAAUUAUUGUAAUUUGUAACACCCAUAAACUGCCAAUAUCAAAUGAGUGCAUGGAGUGAGUUAAUUUAGAAGUACUAUCCUUGCUGUCAUGUUUGUGGUUCAUUUUGGAAUUCAAAAUCUUGUGUGUGGGAGAGAACUGCUGACAUAUUGAAUAAAGAAAUGACAGCAUUAUUUUACAAAUAUGAAAGAUCUCUGACAUUUCACAUUCUGCGAAAUGUAUUCACCCAUUUGCUGAUGUCUACAUUAGAUGUCAAAUGGGAGCAUGUAAAAAUUGUACUAAAAUUUUUUAGUGGAGGUAAGCAGCAUCCAUUUAUAUUUUCAUGUUGCAAGAUUGUAAAUAAAAUUGUACUUUAAAGAUGUACAUUUUGGGUGCUAAGGCUGGCUUUACACCUUACUAUGUGUGUUUUCUUGGAAUUUCAGUGUAAUACAGUUGUGUUUUAUUUUUAUUAUGCCAUCUGUUUCAAACAAAAGUGACUGAUUGAAUUAUGGACCAUAGCUUGUUCCAGAAGUUGUGAAAGAAAAUACUACAAACAGAUAUAACACACUUUCAUUUACAAAACAUUCCCUAUCCACAAACAUGUCCAACUACUUUUGUAUAUAUCUGUAGUUGGUUAAAAAUUUACACUGAUAAUUGUAAUGGGGUUGGUGGAGCAGUCUACCAACAGCAUUUAUUUUCCUCCCACAGUAUUUUCAUAUUGUGUGUGCCUGGGAACUCUAUGCAGUGAAAACAUUAGUAAAUAUGUCUGCAUAUCAUAAUUCUCAGAAGUAACUAAAUUAAAUUUCACUAUGAGUAAUGACCUCUUGAUUGCUAUAUCUCAUGUAUACAUCAAUUUAUUACCCUGAAAACCAAGACACUUAUCAUAAAUGAUUCACUGCCAUUUUUGUCUAUGUGUAUGAAUGAGACAGUAGCAUUCUUAUUUAUUAAUAAGUUCUUAAGUUAGAUUACAAGUUUUAACUGAGCUAGAUGGCAAUUCUCACUGCAUAGAAUGAAAACAGUUGCUCAACCAGUUAUUAGUGCUCCACUCAAAUUAGCCACUGAAAGUCAUUGUUGAAAAUUCUUGAUGUUCAGAGAAUAAAUAUUUUUUGUUCAAAGUGAGAUUCAAUCUGUACUAUAAUAAUGUAAAAUAAAUAAGAUACCCUCUCAUAUUGUCAAUAAAUUAGUUAUAGUUCUAGAUUUAGCUAUAUGAUCAUGAGUGAUUAUACAUUUCCUGUCAAUUACAAAAUAGGUUACUUACUGGUUUCAACAAUGUCUCAGAAUCCAGUGUCCUAUUCAGCGUAAGUAAAACUUUUUGCUGAGCAAGAAGAAUACCAGGCCCUUUUUUCUCACUUUUAUUUAUUUAUUUAUUUACUUUUUUUUGGGGGGGG